AUGUGGAGUCUCCUCACCGUGUCCUUCCUGCUAACGGCUACAGCCCGGGGCGGCAAGCAGAAGCAAGACGAGGAGUGCGUGCCCUACUCCCAGCCGUGGCAGGUGGCUCUCUACGAGCGCGGACGCUUUAACUGCGGGGCUUCUCUCAUCUCCCCGCGCUGGGUGCUGUCGGCCGCCCACUGCCAGAACCGCUUCAUGCGGGCGCGCCUGGGCGAGCACAACCUACGCAGGUACGACGGCCCGGAGCAGCUGCGGGCGGUGUCCCGCACCAUCCCGCACCCGGGCUACGAGGCUAGCAGCCACCUCCACGACAUCAUGUUGGUGCAACUGGCCCGUGCAGUACGCCUGACGCCUCAGGUGCGACCCGUGGCGCUGCCCACGCGCUGCCCCCACCAGGGCGAGGCGUGCAUGGUGUCCGGUUGGGGCCUGGUGUCGAACAGUGAGCCUGGGACCCCCGGGAGCCCCAAGUCGCAAGUGAAUCCGCCAGACACGCUGCACUGCUCCAACAUCAGCAUCAUGGCGGACGCAUCCUGUGACAAGGACUACCCGGGGCGCGUGAUGGACACCAUGGUGUGUGCAGGAACUGAGGGUGGAGGCACCGACUCCUGCGAGGGUGACUCUGGGGGACCCCUGAUCUGCGGGGGUGCCCUGCAGGGCGUUGUCUCCUGGGGUGACGUCCCCUGUGACACCACCACCAAGCCUGGCGUCUACACCAAAGUCUGCCACUACGUGGAGUGGAUCAGGGAGACCAUGAAGAGGAACUCCAUGUGGCUCCUGGUUCUGUGCCUCGCCCUGUCCCUGGGGGGGACUGGCGCCGCGCCCCCCCUCCAGUCCCGGAUCAUAGGCGGCUGGGUAUGUGGGAAGAACUCCCAGCCCUGGCAGGUGGCUGUAUACCACUACAGCAACUUCCAGUGCGGGGGCGUCCUGGUGGACCCCCAGUGGGUGCUCACAGCCGCCCACUGCUUCAGCGACAACUACCAGCUCUGGCUGGGUCGCCACAACCUAUUUGAUGACGAGCCGGAAGCCCAGUUCGUCCAAGUCUCCGGCAGCUUCCCGCACCCCGGCUUCAACCUGAGCCUCCUGGAGAACCAAACCCGUGGCCCGGACGAGGACUACAGCCAUGACCUCAUGCUGCUGAAGCUGGCGAGUCCCGUGCAGCUCACCGAUGCCGUGAAGGUGCUGGCGCUGCCCACCCGGGAACCCCAAGAGCGGACGUGCUGCCUCGCCUCGGGCUGGGGCAGCACCACACCGGUGAAGUUCACUUACCCAGAUGAGCUCCAGUGUGUGAACCUCAAAAUCCUGGCUAACAGCGAGUGUGACAAAGCCCACGCCCAGACGGUGACAAACUCCAUGCUGUGUGCUGGCCACUUGGGAGGCGGCAGAGACACCUGCGUGGGCGACUCCGGGGGCCCGCUGGUCUGCAACUGUGAGCUGCAGGGCAUCACAUCCUGGGGCCACAUCCCAUGCGGCAGCCCCAACAAGCCCGCCGUGUUCACCAAAGUGCUGUCCUACGUGCAGUGGAUCCGGCAGACCAUAGCCGACAACCCCUGA